CCUAGCCAGGAGAAGAAAAAAGAUUCAGGUUAGACUCUGUAAGCAAUUUCCCCGAGGCCAGCUCAGAGGGGAGGGGCAGAAAUGGAGAUGGAAGCAUUAGAGGAUGUAAUGGGCCCGAGCGAGAUGUCCCUCUGUGCUUUUUCUAUUCAAGUCUGAUACAGUGCCUUUUACAUUCUGAAGUUGUCUAGACAGUGUGGCUCUGCCAGACUGGGCCGUACGGAGCUGCUCACUCCUCAAUUCAGCAAAGAGGGCUUGUAAACGUGGAGUGUGCUGUGAAUUUCGAGAGACAGUUCGGUGGAUGAGGGGGAAAUAUUGCAACACAGAGGAACUCCAUGCCCUUGGGAAAGCCUCAUCAUUGGCCAAAGUCCAGGAGCAGAGCCCAGAGCAGACGAGGGGAGCAGACUGGACAGGCCACAGUGAGAAUUUGGAGCUUGUGGACGAGCGAUGGACAGCUGGACUCUCCAGGGGGACAGCUACUCCUUCCUGCGUAGUGCACCCCACCGCAACUUUUCCCUUUGCCAUCGUGACGGCACCCCCAACCACAUUGAAAUCUUUGACAUCAUCAACGUCCCUAGUCAGCGCAGUGCCAUUUCAGAGACCACCUGCCUUUGUGACAUUUUUGGAGACGACUGUGAGUCACCGUCCCUCUCAAGCAGCCCCGCUGUAGGGGCUGUUGUCCCUUCCCAGAGGGAGGUGGACGGGAUAGCUGCUGCAUCACCUCUGGUGGAUGAUCAGAACGACUCCUCGGGUUCUUAUCACACAGCGCCGGGUUCCAGUGAAGGAGAGGAGGGCUUUGAGGAUUCAAGAGAAAGACUUUACAGCCCCCUGUUUCAGAGAGAGUCUGCAGUGAGGAGGCAGUCAGAGGGGGAGGAACUGAGCUCUGGGCAUCCUGAAGUCUCUGAGGACAAUAGCCCAAAUUUAGAUCCAAAAAGCAAAUCACCAGCACCUCAGCUUAGUACAGCUAGCCCAUCAUCUGACAUCCUCAACACUGGUCAUAACCGCCCCUGUACCCUCAGCACAGAGAGUAGAACAACAUCCUUGUCUUCUUCCUCAGCUGAAAAACGAUGCUCACCAUCAUCCCCUAGCCCUAGAGAGGUUGAGCCAGACACUGAAACAAGGAGAACCACUCCCUCUUUCAAAGAUAGACAUAAUAGCCUCUCGCAUCAGUCUUUAUCUCCAAGUCCCUCCCCUGAGCCUCGGAACUGUGUCAGCUCAUCCUCCUCUGAAUCUGUGAACACUCAAUCGUUACCUGAGCUAAGGAGCCUCUACGUCCCUCAGCACAGCAAUUCCUCACCUGAACCCACAUCCAGAGAUUGUUCUCUAGAUUGUACAAAAUCAGCGUUUGAAACCAGAGCCAUCCUUUCAUCUCCUUUACCUUCAUUCAUUGACACAGAGCUAUCACCCCAGUUGAAAGAAACACUGGCUUCUCCUGAGUUGAAUAAUAGACCCUACUCCCCUGAUACUCAAGCAUCAUCUCCUUUUUCUGAACUACGAGGGAGGAUCUCACUCCCUGAUCUCCUCAGCAGAGGCUCCACACCUGAUAUUGAAGAUCAUACCCCCACCCCUGAGCUGAUCUCUGAUCCCUCCAGUGCAGAAAGGGACACCACGACUACUCCUGAGUUUAAAGACACAAGGUUAUCAUCUGAACCUGUCAGUGCUGUGUCUACACCUGCCCCUCGAUACACACCUCCCUCACCUGUCAUUUCAAUAGCAACAUCUCCUGAGCUUGUUGAGAGUGGUGUCUUACCUGAAUUAAGACACACAGCUUCCUCACCUGGCCUGCUCACUGCUGCUUCUCCAGUUACAACCGGGGCAAGAACUCCCUCUCCCAGACAUAUUUCAACACCUUCUGAAAGCAGAACCCAGGUGUCUUCACCUGCUGUAAGUCAUAACUUAUCACCAUCACCAAGGAACUGCUCUCCCAUAGAGCACAGACAUACAGCUCCCUCACCUGAAAUCAGGAUUACAGCUUCAUCACCCAAGGUCGGUAGGAGAGAGUGGUCUUCUGAAGCGGAGACAACAUCAGCGUCUACACUCCUAGAGCCUCACUUUGCUUCAUCAAGAAGCCUCACUGCGUCCCCUCAUAUUACAGGGAUUUCUUACUCUGUUGUUCAGCCAGAGGACAGGGAAACUCCCCCAUUUCCUGAGCUCUCUCGUCUCUCUACCCCAGAGCUUCAUAGGACACUUGCGUCCCCUGAAGCAAGGAGCCCUACACCAAGCAGAGACAGUAUACAGAGCAGUAUAGCAGAGUCCACUGGCACACCAAGAGGCUCACCUCAUAUAUCGGACUUUGCAAGCUCUGCCCUGCAGCCUGAAAUCCCUCUGUCGCCACAGCCCAGGUACCAAACACCUUCACCUCAGCAGAAGAAUCACACUCCUUCACCUGAGCCAAGAUAUCAAACCCCUUCAUCAGAAAAGUAUCUAAGUCCCUCACCUCAGCACAGAAGUAGAGAUCCAUCACCUGUUGCCCCAUCUCCUGAGAAUUGUUAUCAACAGUGUCCAUUGGCAAUCCAGUCCACAGUGAGAGAGUAUAACCCUCAGAAUACACAGCCUAUUCCUCCUCUAAGAAACACAACUGAGGUUGAGACGGAUUCCUACUCUGUUGAUAAUACAGAAACAAAAGAGAGUGCGUCACCCUUAUUUGAAUUAGACAGAGGAGACAAACCAGGUAUAGUUGACAUUAAAAGCAGUUCACCAUUGGUGCCAGAUCAGUCACCUGCAUCACAUUUACCUCUCUUAGCUGAGAACAAGGUAGAGAGUUCACUAAAACAACAAAGCACAGAGACAGAAGCAAGUGUAGCUUCCUUCCCCGAGGAAAAACAAACAAUUAGCCCUAUCUUUGUGCACAAAGAGGACACUUACAAUAAUCCAUCAUUUGCAAACAAGUCUCCCUCUCCUAAUCUUAAAGUCUCUAAGGACAAGAGUCCAAAUAUUUCACUUGUCCACACCUCACCUGUGCAGAGACUGGAAAACCCACUGCAGCAAUUCAACACUUAUUCCCUAACUUCUGAAAGUAGCAGCUCAUUAAAAUCAUCUUGGACACCUGAGCCUGCGAGAAGACAGCUGUCAACCAAAGUUAGACGUGAAAACAGAGAACGGAUAACAGAGGACAUGGCCCACCAUGUAAACAGAAGGCGCACUCCUUCUCCGCCACUCACCAGGUUUACACCUGUCCACAUCAUAGCCCCUGAGAAACCAUACAGACAGUGGCAGAACAGAAGCCGCAGCCCCUCUCAGGUUGUAGCAUCCUCACUGAGUGGAAAUUUUAAGGAAGUGGUGACAAAUAGGGAAAUCCCCAAUGUUGCUUAUGUUGAUAAUAAUAGCCAGGCCCACUGGGUCAGGCAGGGAAGGCAAUUGGAGAUGGAGAGGGAAAUGCAUCUGGAAGAGAAUAGAAAAGUAGGUAGGGAGCAUCGAAGGGAAAGGGAGAUGGAGAAGGAGAGAAAGAGGGAGGAGCCGGUUCCUGAAAAGGGGAAGGGUUGGCAGGGGGACGCCAGUUACAGAGGGGAACAGGUUGAGCUGUCAUUCAAUGCCAGGAAUAGAAAAGGGCCUGUGAGUCGCGGUGCAGCUCCCACAAGCAGAGAGACCCGUCAGGGAUUGCCAACAGUGCAUUCCUAUUCAGAGGGCUUGCUUGCCACCAGACAGCUACAGCAACAACAGCUUAGACUUGCUUCCCAACAAGACCCCAGGGGUGGUGUUCCUAGCAGACGCCUUCAACCUCCUGCACCCCACAACAAGAGCAGUGCUCCUGGACGCGUGGCUGCAAACAGGCCCUGCCAGAGUUCCAGCUCCAGCAUGGGGAGUGAGCUUGAUGACGCAGAUGAUGAGGUGAAGUGGUUCACAGACUUGGCUUUCCGCAGCCUGUCAAGCCCUGAAGUAGAUUACCUUGACAUGUACAACUCCAGCCACCGUUCAUCUACCAACAUUUCUCAACCAUCUACCCAGGACAGCCCAGCUGGGGUCAGUGCCUCCUGGCCGGCCUAUGCUGACUUCAGGGGUUCUGCUCAAAAGCUGGACAAUGAUGAACUUUCCUUCCAGCAACCAUCUUCAUACUACUCAGAUGGCCUCGAUCCAGCAAGGCGUUAUGAGAUGGGCAGCUUUGAGUGUGUAGAUGUGGCUGUGGAAAGAGAGGACUCCAGGAGGGUUAGAAGAGGAGUGCCAAAGAGACAAAUCCAGCUGAAGAGGAAGAGUAAUGCUGAAGGGAAGCAGGAUGAGAGCAGUGAAAAUAGUAGUCCAGGGUUACCAGGGAUGUUGGAAAGCCCCUCUCUAGAGGGUCACUCCAGAGAGACAUUUAUUAGACAACACAGCACACCAGCAGCAAUGCAGGAAUGCUACCCUUCUGAGUGCAGUCCUGAGCCCAAUCAACAAAAUGAAAGAAAAUCAAAACUCCAGAAAUCUGCUUCUCUGGAUGAAACCUGCACCAAAACCAAGAUGGCCACUUGUCUUAUCAAGAGUGUGUUGUCUAAGAAGAUGCAGAGUGUUGAUAAACAGCCUGAUGACCAGGCAGAAGAAGAAGGGAGCCCUGCUUUUGAGAAAAACAGCCCACCAACAGAAAGUGCAGCUGCACCACUCAAAGAGUCCCCAAAACCUGAUGCACAUAAUUUAAGUUCCAGCCUUCAGUCAGAUUAUAGUGUCUCAUCUGAGGGUGUCCCUGGGAGAGGAGAAACAAGCACAAAGGAUGGAGCCAAACCACCAAGAAGCUUUGGAGGGAGAUCCAGUAAUAGGCCAGGUUCAUCCAGCAGCAGCAGAAGUGUUAGCUUUUCACAGACUGAGAGCGAAGAGACUGAUUCUCAAAGCAGGAGUGCCACAUCUUUAAGGUCUGACAGUUCUGAAUUUAAAGCACCAUUUGAUAGUAAACAGUCAAGAAGUGGAGUACAAAGAGCAGAUGACAGUAAAACAUGGGACGGAAGAGAGAGUGGUGACUCAGCAAAUGCCAUUGCCAGGAAUAUGGACGCUCCUUCUGCCACUGGAGCCGGCAGCAAACAGGCCAGAGUGACAAACAGAGACCAGGAAUUUGAAAACACAGAGGACCAUAAACAACUGCAACAGGGUGCCAAGGACACCCACAUGUCACAAACACAGGAUAUCACGCUCAAAGCAGUGGAGAAAAAGAAGGCCUCCCUAAAUGUCCGUCUCACACCUGAGGCAGAAAACAAAUCUGAAGCUUCUUCACCAGAUCUAAAGGAGGAAAGGCUAAAGAGCAGUGUGGAUGACAAAACAGAGGAGGAAGAAGGAAAUAAUAAAGUAAAGGUCCCCAUUCACAAAGUCAGAGAUGUGAGGCGGCUUGUGAAAAAUACAUAUAAUCUGUCCUUCAAGGCGACAAGUGCUGUAAUGCCAACAAAUGUGAAUGAAGAAAGGUUGGAAACUUUUAAUGAGGAAAGGAGGGAAGAGGUCAUAGCAGAAGAGGAGAGGGAGGUAAGCCAAGAGAUAAGGAGGGUGGAGAGGGAAGAUGAGUUCAGGAUGGAGAGGGAAGAGGGACAGAAUGAAGAGGUAAAGCUGCUAACCUUAUCUCCACCUCAUCAGAGCAAAGGAAGUCCUCGACCACAGCCAAUGCAAAUUGAGUACAAGGCUGUUUGCUGGAAAGAAGACAAAAAUAAAACGCCAUGCAGCAAGAAAGAUUCUGAGUACCCAGGUGAAGAACCCCAUUCUUCUCCAAAGCUUGUCACAGAGGUAAGCAGAGAAUCGCCCUCAAAUGCAAAUACAAUUAAUUACACAACUGGAGACACAGCAAUUGCAAAGCCUUGUCAACGUGAUCUAAACAUGGCAGCAGAAACAUCAGAGACAGAAAUGCAUAGAGUGCCAGACAACGAGGACAAACCAUUGGUGGUUAGAAAACCCCCCAUGCUCGGCAGCCUCCCCAAACAGCCCAGUAAGGAAAGAGAGGUGUCCACUGCUGUAGUGUUAAUCAGGGAUGCAUCCAACAGGACCAAGACAUCUGCAUCGCCAGCCCAGGAAGAGAUUCCAAUCCAAACCACAGCUGCUUCACGUUCACCUGGACCUACUACACCUGCUAGCAGUGGCCACUCAGUUUCCAUGUUAUUAAAGGAAAAAGGCUACCAAGCUGACAUUGGAGCAGUAGUGGGUGACAGCCAAAAUGGAGGUAAAGGGGCUCCACAUAAGCAUGUGAACUGCCUAGAGAUCCCCCUUCAGACCACAUUUCCUGCAGAUGGAGGGCGCAGUGAGUCUCACAGAGAGAGGACAUUUUCCUCCUCAUCCACCACAUCUGGCCCUUCAGCAGCACCUGAUAAUACAGACACACUAACAAAGACGAGAGAAGACGAGGGCAGUAAGCCUACACUAAAAGACACAGCAAAGCAAAAAAGUGCUUCUCUGCUGAGGAAUUCCCAGGAUCAAACACCACUUCCUGCCAAAGCGAAGGAACUUGGAGAUUUUGAAGCCGUUAAAAGACUAGAUCCGACUUUCCCCCCAAGGUCACCUGCAAUACGGAGAUUCAAACCACAGCCAAUUGAGGUUAAGUCACUCUCUAAAGAAACACAGAAACAAGAGGUACCCACAAACCUUACAGGAAGCAGCGGGCCUCAAACCAUUGAAGUAAAAUCUAUAGCUAAAAAUUCUCAAAAGCCGGUGGUGCCUCCAAAGCCAAGCUGCAAAUUUAAACCUGCGGAUUUAGGAGCAACUCCAAAUGAUGCACAGAAACCAUCGGCAACAAUAUCGACUGUAAAACCACAAGGUGAAGAGAGGCCUCAAACUAUUGUAGUGUCCUCGCCAACAAUCUAUAGAAAGAUCUCCAGUGAGUCCACAUCAACAUCAAACUAUACAAGAAAACUAGCUGUGUCUGCGGUAUCCAGCCUCAAACCUCCUCCUUGCAAAGCAGCAGCAACCACCAGCUCCAAUCUCUCAUACCAGUCAACAACACCAUCAGAGACAGAGGCAUCUAAUGACAGAGGUCAGCAACAAAAGCCAGUGGCCUUACCUCAGAGCUCUAGAUAUACACAAAGACCCACAACUUUGGCUGCAGCUCCAGUAUCAGCCACUGGGCCGGGAUUGACCUCAGCCCCAGGUCAAGUGUCUGACCUGAAAGCAAACCUUGUACCUGGACCUGACUCAGCUGGAACCAACCAGCCACACCAGCCAGCUGUUAUGGAUACAGACAACCAAUCACAGAAUCCCAGGUUGGCAUACCCUCAAGAACAAGCUAUGCCGGUAGCUUCAAACAAUACAAAACAACCCGCACCUGUUUCCACAACACAGGCGCCAGGAUACACACACCAGCAAUACCGCAGAUCGCUCUCCAGCGAGCGCUCCCAACGAACAGAUGACAUGCGUUUUUACGCCUCAGAUGACCCUCCAAGCUACGAUGAAAGGGAGAGCUUCAGUCCACUCAUGCUCCCAGAUCUGACUCCCAGGAGGUCAAAUCGCUAUCAGCCCUCCUCCCGCCCUCCUCCCUGCUCCUGCACAGCUGGCUGCCCUUCCCACCCUGGUCUCACCCCUCCUCACCAUCACCGCAGCCCCCAUAACCUCACCCCUCCUGCCCCUUCACACUCUCCAGGCCAGACACUACCUUACCCAGUGGCUCAGCCCCCUCUCCGCCCCCAUCAGUGCAGACCUGACCCUCAGCCGAUGAGCUACCAGCCUGGCUCUCCCAAAUCAAGUCCUCUUGGUCCAAGCCAGCCACCAGGCAUGUACCAGCCUCUCCACCAGCCUCCUCCUUGCCCUCCCCACCCCUCACUCAUACAGGCUUGCCCUGCUGACCGCCAGGUACAGCCACCCCAGCAUAUCGAUUCUCGACGACCUCCUGUCCACAGAUCCCCCCAACAACAGCCUCCAAGCAUGGCUGGGGCUCCUUACAGCGAUCAUGGUCACAACCACUCUCCUGGCCUUCCUCCUAUGGAUCCCCAGUACCUAUGUGGCCCUCAAAGCCUGGGGCCAUCCUAUGGCUCUGAAUAUGGGGGAGACAGCUCCAGUUUGUACUCAGAGAGCAGCUAUGCACAGCCACCUCGCAGAGUGCUCCUGGAUCCUGAGACUGGGAAGUAUUUUUACAUUGAGGUGCCUGUACAGCCACUGAGAAAAAUGUUGUUUGACCCAGAGACUGGCCAAUAUGUGGAAGUGCUCAUCCCGCAGCAAGCAAUGUCACAUUCAGGCCUGUAUCCUCCCUCAGCAGCCCCCUACCCAUCUCUCCACAACCCCAACAUGUACGCUCCUGCUCCGCAGUACAUGCCAUAUGCAGCUCCCCCUCCCCAAGCCCACCCCCAGGCUCAGCCUCAGCCACCCCGAUAUCCCGAGGCUUCUGCUACAGCAACAAUGCACCCAGGUGGGCCUGGGGUCAGCUACAGAAAUCCCUCGGGUCAGGGGUCCAAGCCAGAGACCCCCAACCAUCCACCACUGGACCAGAGCUACCUGGAGAGUAUGUAUUAUGUCCCUACAGGGAUGAACGCAAGCCCCAAUCCCACCCCACCAGACUAUUACCACAAACAUCCCCCCAACCUUCCCCCAACAGGGGGGAAAAGGUCCUGAAAUAGAGGACAGAGGCCGCCUUCCUGGAGCCUGUUGGGUUUUAAAUACACCGUGUAUAAAGGAGGUGUCUAAUGUUAGCCUGUAAUGUUACUUGAGUUUUCACAUUGCAACUGAAGACAGCAAUUCUUUGGUUGUUGUUCAUUUGCCGCUGCUGCUGCUGCUGCUUGUUCUGUGCUACAUUGCCUUUAUAGCCCAAGAUAUAUUCUUGAGUUAAUACUUUCUAAAACAUGAUAGAGAGUAAGCCUUUUUUAUGAGGUGUUCUUAAAAUUAUAACAUAAAUCUAAAAUGAUUUAUUACAAUUUUUGUCACUUUUGAUACAGGACACAAACAUCAUACUGUACGUUCACCAGUUAUGCACAGGCAGUACAAAUCAAUAGGUUUACUGAUUUAGAGAUGUGUGUACUUUGACAACCGAUAUUCCCAAAAAACUUGAAAAUACUGUUUUAAAAGAACCUCAUAUUUAUAUUAUUUUGUUUCUCUUAUAUUGGAUGAGUGAGUUUGUGCACAUGAUGUCUGCAACAGCAAUGCCAAUAAAAUAUGUCAUAUAUAAA